CCGCUGGAGUUGGAAGAGAAAAUGUGACACUGUGAGUCAGGUCAUCUAAAGCAGGUCACAUCCAAAUAUAACCCAGACAGCUUAGGACCUCGCAAAACAAAAACACACUGGCUGCAAAACUGGAGUGCUCGAGGGCACGUAUUCAGAUCAGCAGAAAUGGAUGACUUUGAGCAGGAAGGCAUAAAUGAGGAACUUAUUGAGUUUGCCAUUCGAGAGAGCAUUCAAGAUGCCUACAAGGUCCCGUGUUCAAUUGGAAACAGGAAGGAACCAAAUAGUGACACCUUUGUGAAGAUAAUGGAAGCCAUUCACAAAGGUGAUGUGUUUACACUGCAGAAACUCUCAGGUAGUGUGUCUGCCUUCAAAGAGAGGGACAGCAGGGGAAGGCUGCCUCUCCACGCAGCAGCUGCGCAGCCACACCAAAACAUCCUGCAUGUGGUGCUGCAGGCGUUGACGUCCACAGACCUGACCCUGGAGGAGCAGACAGAGGAUGGGGACACGUCUCUGACUCUGGCAGCAGAGGCCGGCCUGGUGGAUAACGUCAGGCUUCUGUUGGAGCACGGAGCUUCACCGCACAACACCAACAGCAGGAACGAGUCUCCUUUGCUGAUCGCAGUGAGGCAGAGAUCAUACGACAUGGUUUUGUCCCUCAUAAUGGGUGGGGCCUUUGUGGAGCAGGUGUGUCUCACCAAAUGGACGGCCACCCAUGAAGCUGCAAAGGUGGGUUGUCCAGCCAUUGUGAUGCUGCUGCUUCGACAUGGAGCCAAAGUAACUUCCAGAGACGGUCAUGGGGUGACUCCUCUGGGGAUCGCUGCUGAAUAUGGCAACACUGAAGCUUUGGAAAUACUCAUACAGCAUGGUGGUGACGUGCAUGCCCAGGCCAGCAAUGGCGACACAGUCCUGUAUGAUGCAGCUGGAUCUGGAAACCUGGACAGUGUCAAGCUGCUCCUGCAGCACGGAGCCAACCCGAAUGUGGCCAGCUAUGCUUACCAGCUGCCCAUCCACAGAGCUGCCUAUGAGGGACACAUACUAGUCUUGAGAACUCUCAUCCCCAUCACCACAAAGAGAGCUAUCCAUCUCUCAGGCCAGGACCCCAUCCACUCAGCAGCUGACGGGGGACAGGUCGAGUGUCUGCGGCUGCUUAUCAAGAGAGAAUAUAAUGUUAAUGCCUUGCUAGAACCUCACAUCUCUGAGAACUAUGGCGACCUCAGGAAGUCUCCUCUCUUCUUUGCUGUUUCCAAUGGUGACGUCACCUGUGCUGAGAUGUUGCUGGCAGCUGGAGCGAGAACUGACCUGGACCCACUACGAUGCAUCCUGGUCGCUAUACGAGCUGAGAGGUAUGACCUGGUGCAGCUGUUGCUAUCGUAUGGGGCAGAGGUGAACUGUUACUUUAGAGUGAUCAGCAACACGCUGUUCCCUACAGGCCUGCAGUACUGCCUGAGGGACCGUGUCAUGCUGAGGCUACUGCUCAACAGUGGAUAUCAAGCUUACAAGUGUUUCCAGUGUUGCCAUGGCAAUGGUGAAGAAACGGACAGUACCUGGACUGAUCUCCAUAACCAAGCCUACCAGAUUUACAGUCAGCCUAACAUCAUCACAUUCUGUGAGUUUGUAUCCGUGUCGUGGCUCACACAUCUGGUUGGUGGAGUUGUAAGGAUGCUCCUGGACUAUGUCAGCCACGUCAACAUCUGUCCCAACCUCAAACGCAUCUUGAAGAGGAGGCCAGAGUGGGAUGAGAUUUCUGACAUACUGAGCAAGCCAAGGUCUCUGCAGCACCUGUGUCGACUGGUAAUGAGAAGUCACAUGAGCCUCAGGACACUAAAUGACCCUGAAGCCAUGGCUUCUGUCCCUUUUCCUCCAGGACUGAAGAAUUAUGUGACCUACAGAGGCGACAACCUGUGUGGUGACCUCCCCUCCACGUGAAACAUUUUGUUUAUACCACCAGUAUGACUGAAACACUAAUGAAAAAGCACUAGUAACUUUUGAAAAAUAAGCCAAAUGAGAAUAUAUUUUCUCCUGAAGUCCUAUUUAUCCUAGUCCUAUAUAGUCCUAUAUAUUUGUUACAUUUCAUAUUUUACGAGCUACAGUGUCUUGCAGUGUGUGAGUGUGAUUAAUAUUUCUGUCACAA